GGCCUUUAAAACGGCCCGCAGGACAUUUCCACAGAUUACAUUUCACUGGAGAAGUGGGGAACAGCCUUGCUGGGUCGUAGUGUUGCGGUUUGGCCGUUAGGUGGCGCGGGAGAGGCUUCGCGGUGCGACUGUUAUUGGCUGAACGGGAUCCCAGUGAGGAGGACUGGCACAGAGGGGGGAGAGCAGGGGAGCACAGCACAAGUCCUCGGGGCGGUUUGAGCUGAAACUAUUCCACCGCCAGACUUCCAGCGACAUUCCUCCGUGUGUACGGCCACACAGAGCGGAGCCAAGGCGGGUUUACGGUGCGUAAUUACGCACGAGCAUUCGACGGAUCCGCGGUGUCGCCGGCUGUGGACACCGGCGGACAAAGGGAAGAAGGCGAGUGGGCUGGAGUACAACAACUGACUCGAGAGGAGGAGUGCUGCUGGAGGGGGGGGACCAGGGGAUCUGGAGUCGGAAGUGAUUUCUCUUCUUUCUCCCCGAAAUAUAACUUGCGCUUCAGGAUUUCACAUGAGAACAUAAUCGAGUUUGGAGACGCAGAGGAAACACGGGACGGAGAUAGUUCGUGAGUGGAGUCUUUCCUUUGAACCAGCAUCCAGAGGAGCAUGGGAGGAGUUGUCUACGAGCUGUAAAAUGUACCCGCUACAACGAGAGAGGGAGCAGCCCAUCUUCAGCGCCAGAGCUCAUGUCUUCCAGAUUGACCCGGCCACCAAACGCAACUGGCUGCCGGCCAGCAAGCACGCCGUCACCGUGUCCUUCUUCUACGAUGCCAGCCGCAGCGUGUACCGCAUCAUCAGCGUGGGGGGGACCAAAGCUAUCAUCAACAGCACCAUCACCCCCAACAUGACCUUCACCAAAACCUCCCAGAAGUUCGGCCAGUGGGCGGACAGCCGGGCCAACACGGUGUACGGACUGGGCUUCUCUACCGAGCAGCAGCUGCAGCAGUUUGCAGAGCAGUUUAAAGAGGUGAAGGAGGCGGCCCGUCUGGCCAGAGAGAAAUCCCAGGAGAGGUUUGAACUGGCCAACCCGGCCCUCAGCAUCGCAGCUCCACAGCUCUCCCAGGAGUUGUCGGAGGAGCGACAUUCACCCCCGCUGCUGACCGUUAACGGGCCGGGCGAGGAGAAGCUGUUUCGCAGUAAGAGCGCCGAAGUGGAGCUGACGGCAGAGAAGGAGAGAGUCAAGAAGAUGCUGUCUGAAGGGUCCAUGUGUGAGAUAAACCUGGAGGCUGAGCUCUUCACCCUGCAGGACAGUAACGCCAAACUGGUGGAGGCGCUGGAGGAAGCCAACAGCAGCGUGGAUGAGUGGAAGAAACAGCUGGCUGAAUACCAGGAGGAGACGGAUCGCCUGCGAGACCAGGUGGAGGAUCUGGAGGCCCAGCUGGGGCAUCCUGCUGCCGCUCAGACUGGUAGAGAGGAGCUGAACCGCUCACUGGAGGAGCUGGAGGCCCUGCUGAGCGCCAGAGACCAGGAAAUUCACAAUCUACAGAGCAAGAAAACUGAUGUGAGCGAGCUGGAGAGGGAGAGAGAAGAUGCCACGCAGAGACUGCAGGAUCUGGAGAGACGAAACAUGGAGUUGGAGGACCGGGUUCAGAGCGCCGAGACCACGCUGGCCUCCAGCCGGGAGGAGCGGGAGCAGGCGGAGGUCGAGGUCCUACGCAUCAUCGAGGCUCUGGACGUCAAAAUCUGCGACCUGAAGGACCUGAGACAGAGCCUAGAGAAACUGGUUGACAAAUAGCCUCCGUUGGGCGGUUGGGCUGCAUCUCCACAGUCAGAGCUCGUCUCCUUCAUGUGGCCUUGAUUUGUGUUUCACUGAUUUAACAGCAGAGGAGGAAUCAAAGCAAUAUGAAUCAAAGGAGGGAGACACAAAGGCGUUUACCUCCAUGGAUCUGUUUUCUAGGAUCAGUGCAGGAAAACACACGAAUCAGAAACAACUCACAGGUGCAGAAUAAUCCAUCUGCACCGUGCAUCAUUGUCACUUUCACCUUGGGACUAUCAUAAGCAUAAUGAGGUUUGGUCUAAUUGGCCACUGCUACUUGUUGUUCCAUGUCAUAAUUCCCACCAGCUGCACGUCCUUCAGUCCCUCAAUCCUGAAGAGCAUGAAAUUAUUUUUUCAUCCUCCAUGACAACUCUCUCAAAAUAGGUGAGGUCCAGUAGUUCUGGAAGAACAGCGCCCUCCCUCCUCAUUUUGAUGUCAUAGCAGCCGGAUGUGUAAGGUUAAAAUCUGACCUGGUUGUUAACAGAGUAAAAGGUACAGAGCAGAAUCAUUGGUGAUUAUAGUGAUGCUUCAAAAUGCAUGAUGACUUCAAAGCAACACACAGUUCUGCACAAAGCACCUUUUAAAGGAGGAUUUGGUGUUUUGCAAAAGUAAUUUCCAAUAGGUGCCAGAGCAUUUUCCACUUGCUCUUUAGUUUUUUUUUGUUGUGUUUUCUAAUAUUAUUUAAUACAAAAUCUUUUAUGAUCUGCUUCUAAAUCUAUAAGCAUAUUAGUUUAUCAAAGGAAGAAGCGAGAGGAGGAGCAAGACUUGGGAACAAUCAAAAACUAACGGCCUGUCAAACCAACAGCAGGAGCUGCAUCAGGGAUGGAUGGUUGAAAAAUAAAGUUUAAUGGACAAUUACAUUUUAUACUUAUUCUAAACAUUAAUACUUAAUAAUGGUGGGCACAUAGAAACCUCAGCGACUGCACAUAAAGGCUUCUUUAGUGCAGUUUGGCAGAAGCCCAUUUUCACAUUAGACUAAUGAGGCUCACUCGUAAUAUAAAUCUAACGUUUCCCACGCUACUGGUGAAUCUUAAAAAGUGAGAGCUAGUGUGGCAAUUACAAAAUAAUCAACCUAUAUAAGAAAAACGUACAAUAACAAGCUUACAUUUAUUUGGGCUGUGGAGAUGCACCCAGCAGGAGUUUGGUUGUGGUCAGGACACAUGGAGGCAAAGACCCUGAACACUGUCAGUUCCGGUUCACCAUCAGCAGCCUGCACUGGACCACUGCUCCAACAUCAACACAAGAGAAACAAAAAACAUCCUGCUCCCGUUGUGUUCUGAGGAUCACCAGUGCAGAACCAUUGUUUUUGGCUCAUGUUUCAUAAGGACUGCCUCUCUCUCUCUCUCUCACCUCUCACUCCAUCAUUCAGGUCCAUCGAUGAGUUCCUCACAGUCGAGGUGGGACAUCAAGCAGCAGCUGGUAGAUUGCUCCUCUCCACCGGCCUCUGACAGGUUGAUCCUGAUGAGCUGAACCUGAUCUAGAAGAUGUCUGUGCCAACUUUAAUUUUGUCUACUUUGUUGUUUACAAGUUUUUUUUGUUGUUGUUUUGGUCUGUGUUCACACAAAUGAAUCUUGUUCUACUUUGUGUUCUUUCAGCUUCACGACACCACAGUUUACCAUUCUAGUAAUAAUAACCCUGAGGCUUAGUGAAGCGGCAGAGCGUAGAUCAUUAGAGAGCACUGCAUGAGCUCGGCAGAAGCCCCCGUACCUGCCGGGUAAAGUGACGCACGUUACUUAGCAGCGUGCCACCUCGAGUUAAAAAAAGCACAACUGCAGUAGUUUUAGCGACUGGGUACUUAAUUGACUUGUCCGUCAAGCUUUGUAUGUGAACUUCUGAUGCACACUAUCGAUCUUCGCUUCUCACCCUCUGCUGAUGAGUUAUGGAUUUCUUCACAUGACGGUAAUGUAGGUACAGUUGAGGUGCAGCUCCUCACAGCUGAUGAUGCAGUAGCUGCCACGAUGAGGACAAACAUCGUCCGAAUGCGAUCCAAGCGGGUCAGAAGACUAAAUCUGUCCAUAUAAUAAGUUUGCCGGACACCGUUGUAGCAUUAUUACACUGACCUGCCAUUAACACCUUGUAAGGCUUCUUCCAUUGUCGACUGAUGGUGUAUUUAUUAUUACUCCUUCGCAGUUUCUUUGAGAUUUUCUUAUGUGCAGUUCCCAAUGAUCACCUCAGCCAUUUCACCAAACCUAAUGCAGUAGUAAUGUUAAUGUUACUGCAUUGAUCACUUUAUGGUUUUAAGACUUCAUCACUUUGACAGUUGCUACACUAUCUGGCGUUUUGGGCCUCAGCUGCUACAUGCAAGUAUAUGACUGAAUCAGCAAUAAAGGUUUUUUUUUGCAUAGACGCCUGUUCAUUGUGGAUUCAAGUAACAUGUAGGUUAGGACAUCUGUUAAUUUGUUUUUCUCUCACGUCUUUAAAAAAUUAGAAUCGAUGGUUAUCAGCUUUUUAUCAACCACAGAGAAGAUUCAGGUGUAAGUGGCUCCUCAGCACCAGCUCACCGUUACUGUCAGAUACACUCAGCUUCACAGCAGCCGUAUUCCAGUGUUAAGUUCCCACACAGCCACACCAUCAGUACCUUAGCAGUUUCUGUUUAAAGAGAACGAGGAAACUAUCUCUGCCCCAUAUCUAGACUCGACUUCCCACUGACCUCCGAGAUGAGAUUCUUCCCUUCAAGAUCAAUGGAUGUAUGAGUUAAAAAAAGAGGAAAAAGCACAUUAGUGUUUAAAUUACACUAUAUUAACAGGUUUGUUCUACUUUAACAUUAAAACAUUAGUUGCAUCUUUAGUAUUAGUGUCCCUACAAGUUUAGAGGACAAAUCCACCUUGUAUUUAAGACUAUUUGGGAGCAGGAUUCUGGGGAUAUUACACUUUGUCUCCGUAAUGACUUUCUGGCUGAAAAAAACAAACAUUACACUUAAGUAUAGCUCCUUGCAAUUUGUAAUAUGGACUUGAUAGAAAAAGGGUUUGUGCUUCUUAUUAGGACCAUAACAGAACACCUGGUUGGAAAUAAAGGAAAUCACAAACUCAACAGGCCACAAAACUAAAUAUACACUGGAAUAAUGUGCUUUACAAUUUGUGUCUACAGCCACAUUAACUGGAAUAAACACUUACGUAUUUUGCUGAA